CACGGCAGUAAUGAGGAGAUUAUAAGAAUAAGAGAAGUUAAACGCUGUAAACAUGAGUCUCCCGAGUCCUGUAAUGAGAGGCGGAGUCUUUACCUUCCUCAAGCUUUAUAGACAGUUUGUGUUCGAACGCUGACUGUCACUUCUCAGAACUUCUUUGGAGAAACUUUCGACAACGCUUUGGAACGAUGCAGUACGACUAUAGUAAAAACAAGGACGAACAUCCGGAGCCCAUUAACGCUGACGUAAAAGGCUUGAUUCCUGAAUGGCUGCAGGGCACGCUUAUACGCAAUGGACCUGGCCUCUUCUCUUUGGGAGAGACGAGAUACAACCAUUGGUUUGAUGGAAUGGCACUUUUGCACAGUUUCACAAUUAAAAAAGGAGAGGUGACGUAUAGAAGCAAGUAUCUUCAAGGUGACACCUACAACUCCAACAUGCAGGCCAACAGAAUAGUGGUGUCAGAGAUGGGGACCAUGGCGUACCCAGACCCAUGCAAAAAUAUAUUCUCCAAAGUGAUCACUUUCCUCAGCCACACCAUACCAGACUUCACUGACAACUGCGCCAAUAACAUAAUCAAAUAUGGAAAUGACUACCAUGCUACAUCUGAGACCAAUUACAUUCGUAAAAUUGACCCCAUGACUUUAGAGACUCAAGAAAAGGUGGACUACCUGAAAUACCUUCCUGUAAAUAUUGUGGCAUCACAUACACAUUAUGAUAAAGAGGGAAAUAGCUACAGUAUGGGAACAUGCAUCGCAGAGAAGGGCAAAACUAAAUACACAUUGUUCAAGGUUCCAGGAGGAAGUGGGUCAGACGGGUCUCCACCUUUGAAAAGCGCUGAGGUCGUGUGCACCGUGCCCUGCCGUUCCCUCCUCACGCCCAGUUAUUACCACAGCUUUGGCAUGACUGACAACUACUUUGUCUUUAUCGAGCAGCCCUUAAAGCUGGAUGUCCUCAAAAUGGCCACAGCCUAUCUGAGGGGAGUCAACUGGGCCAGCUGCAUGAAAUUCCACGCUGAAGACAGUACCCUGAUUCACCUUAUUGACCGAAAGACAAAGAAGGAAGUUGGGAUCAAAUUCUACACGGGUGCGAUGGCUGUCUACCAUCAAGUCAAUGCCUUUGAAGAUGAUGGCCAUGUUGUUUUUGAUGUGAUCUGCUAUGAUGACAACAGCUUGUAUGAAAUGUUUUACCUGGACAAGCUGAAGGAGCAGAUGGGAGCAGAUACAAUGUACUGCAAGCCAAAGUGCAAAAGAUUUGUGUUGCCCCUGAGCGACAUGGGUGAGACGGGUGAAGAUCUGGUCAAACUUAAAUACACGACAGCAAGUGCUGUGAAGGAGAAAGAGGGGAAGGUUCUGUGUCAGGGCGAGGGUCUCUGUGAUGGUGUGGAACUUCCAAGAAUUAAUUACAAUUUCAAUGGAAAGAAGUACAGAUAUUCGUACAUGUGUUGUGUGGACAUAUCCCCAGUGGCCACAAAGAUUGUAAAGUUUGAUGCGGAGACAAAGCAGAAGAUUGAGUGGACUGGAGGAGACUGUUUUUCCUCGGAGCCUGUUUUCAUUCCCAGGCCAGAUGCAGUUGAUGAAGAUGAUGGUGUAGUCCUGACAUGUAUCAUAAAUGCCAAACCUGUGCAGGGUGGCUUUCUACUGGUGCUUGAUGGCAAGUCUUUCAAAGAGGUUGCCCGGGCAUGUAUAGAUGUAGAUUUCCACAUGGACAUGCAUGGCUACUUCAUACCAGACAGUAGUUAAAGCUUUGAUGUAUGCCAGCUAUACAGACUUAAUGAUAGAGAAUCUCCUGUAAAUUUAGGUAUUUUGAUAAUCUGGUUACAAAGUUGUCAAAGACAUUGUCACAUUGAAGUCACAUUUUGUGAUUGACUGUAUACAGUGGUGUUUGGAAGUUGUUGGUGUAUUUCUUAUUUGGAAAAAAAUAUAUGCAUGUAUAAAAUGUACUGUUUGAAAGGUCAUCAAUUGUAAUAUCAAACAGAAAUGAGAACUGUUGUUCUGUCUUUUUUGCUUUUGCAUACAGAAGUCAUAAAGUGAAGUUAUUUCUGUCAUUAUGGUUAUAGCCAGUGUUUGAACUGUGCUGAAGUGCAUUCAAAAUACUGUAUGUUAAAAAAAUACAAGAAGGCUACACCCUUUUAGUACAGUGCAACUGUGCUUUAUUGUUGGCUUCAAGUCAUCUGUUAUUGAGCUAGAAAUAUCACCACACACGCAAAGUAAUUAUAGACCAGAAGGCCCAGGUUUAU